UUGAAGACACCACCCACGUCCUGAGGGAAAGUGGUGUCUUAUUCAGUGCCACCCUCGGUAUGGUGGAUGCUUCAAGGGGUACCAACUCGUACUACAAGCUGCAAUUGCUGGAAAGUGACUCCAAGUGCAAGUUCAUCAGAUAUUGGAUCUUCAGAUCAUGGGGUCGAGUCGGCACUAGCGUCGGAGGGACCAAGGUUGAAGAGUUCUUUGGGGACAAAGCCUGCGCCAAGCGUAAAUUUGUUGAGCUUUACCAGGAGAAGACGGGAAAUUCUUUUGGCACCAAGAAUUUCGAGAAGAUUCCCAACCGCUUUUACCCGCUGGACAUCGACUACGGGAAUGAUGAGGUAGCUAAACUGGGCAAUGAGCCUGACGUCAAGUCUAAGCUCCAUCCACAGCUCCAAGGGCUAAUGCAACUUAUCUUUGACAUCGACACGCUCAAGAAGACCAUGGUAGAAUUUGAGAUUGACUUGGAUAGGAUGCCUUUGGGAAAGUUGUCCCGCUCUCAGAUUCAAAAUGCAUAUUCUGUUCUGACAGAGCUCCAGACGUUGAUUGAGGCCGGCAAUGCCAGCAGAAACACCAUGUUGGAUGCCUCUAAUAGGUUCUACACACUGAUACCUCAUAACUUUGGCUUGAGUUCAAUCCCUCUACUUGAAAAGCUUGAAGUCAUCCAGCAAAAAACCAAGAUGUUGGAUAGCCUGUUGGAGAUUGAGGUUGCUUACAGUCUACUGAAGGGAAGCAAGAACCAAGAGUCAACCAAGAGUCAGAUUGAUAUCAACUAUGAGAAACUCAAGUGCCAGAUGGAGGUCAUUCCGAAAGACAGCGAGGAGUUCAAGAUGAUAAAGACGUACACUAAGAACACCCACGGAGCCACCCACAGCUCAUAUAAACUUAAAGUAGAGGAGGUGUACCUUCUGGAUCGCGAAGGCGAGAAGUCCAGGAACAAGCCCUUCAGUCAGCUCCACAACCGCAUGCUCCUCUGGCAUGGCUCCCGUCUAUCUAACUUCUGUGGUAUAUUGUCGCAAGGACUCCGGAUUGCUCCACCAGAGGCACCAGCAACAGGUUACAUGUUUGGCAAGGGAGUUUACUUUGCAGACAUGGUGUCCAAGAGCGCCAACUACUGCUUCACAACUCGCAGUAACUCAACAGGGCUGAUGCUACUCUGUGAGGUAGCUAUCGGCAACAUGCACACCCUGCAACACUCAGAUUAUGUAACCAAGCUACCAAAAGGGAAACACAGCACAAAAGGUGAGGGGCGCUCGUAUCCAGACCCAGCUGGCCAGGUGGUCCUAGAUGAUGGAAUGAUUGUACCUACUGGAAAGGCAGUCCAGUCUGAUUUGUCUAACACCAGUCUGUUGUACAAUGAAUUCAUCGUGUACGAUAUCGCCCAGAUCCGCAUGAAAUACCUGGUCAAGAUGAACUUCAAGUACAACUAAACAACCAGACAAAGUCUUCAUCCAACAGCAACUGAUGUCCCUCGGUAAUUUAUCUUCUCCACGUUCUCAAGUCAACCUGUGAGAUUUAUAGGAUUUUUAAAUUGUUUUGUUGCAGUGGGUCGAUAUAAACAGCAUGACUUAAUCUAAAACCUGACCAAAUUUUACAAACAAUGUUUUCUGUUAACCAUCUGAAGUCAUGGAGAAUUUUCCCUUAAUAAUGGUAACUAAACAAAACAGGUUGAUAAAUCAAAUAAAUCACAUGCGUAGGUUAGCAUGCAUGCUUUUUACUUUUGAGACUCCACAGCUGGCAUACAUUUGAACCCUUCAAAACAACACUUCUUGCACCAUUCAAAAGUGAUUUUUAAGACAAAAGGUUGUUAUGAGAUUGAGAAGUUUUAGCUCUUGUGGACAUUUGUAUAGAAAAUUUAAAUCCUAUCAAGGUUUAACCUGUUUAUAAGUGACAACUAAGUGCAAAGAGUUAAUUCUUGGAAGAUAUGAUAGUUUUAAAAAAGAACCAGUAGAUAGAUGUAUGGUUAACUGUUCAAAAAGUAUAGAUAGUUCCGACUCAACACGGUGAAAAGUCAGCCAUUUUUUACAGGCAAAUCAAUUUUUUGUUUAAAUCACAACUACCGGUAAGCGCUUUUCAUCAAUACUCGAAAGAUCCAAAAUACCAAAAAUUCCUUUUAUUUGGACCACCAUUUGUUUAAAAGUGUUGAGUUUUAAGAUGACUCUGAGGAAGUAAGAUAGAGAACUUGGCAUCGUAGUAGCAGCAUAUCAUUGGUUGUUGUUUUAUUAUGAAAGAGAAUUCAAACAGUCAGAAGAUUUUUUUGGUUUUGCUGUCAAAGUGAAAUCCACAGGGUGAAAAAGAGUUUGUUAUAUUGGCCUCUGAACGCAUUAUGAACAGCUGUGUGAGAAUGGGUGUUUUAUUGUCCAAAAAAUUUGGUCGCCAGAUCAGAUGUUUGUCAUAACAAGAGGGGAUUGGUGGUUAAUGACAUGUUUUUCAAAUUAAAUGUAUGCAUAUUUUUUAAAGCAUAAUCACUUUUUCAAGGUGCCGUUUGUGGAAAAACUGCAGACUGAUUUUAUGCGCAGUUAUUUGUGCUGACAGUUUACCAAUUUUAUAAACUUACGCAGAACAUUCUUUCUUGGACUUGAGGCUAUGCAAGUAAGGUUUGUGGCGAAACCAUGUCAAAUUCUAUUUAUGAGAAGUAGUGGUUCUGAGAUGAGCCGGCGAGUACUGAUAAACUUUUCCGUCAGUGUGCUCUGACCAUCUACUGGACAAAGAGAUUUUACAUGGUGUCAUUGCAAACCCUACUUAUUCUUACUUGGCUUGAAUAGAUAGCCGAAUGCAAUGUGUUGGGUAUGUUUUUAAAGUAUUAAGCUGAUUGAAUUGUGUUCCAUGUUUGUGAUGGCAUUAUUGCGUGCUUCUGCUCGCAUCUCCUCUUCAGCAUCUUGAAGACGGCAAUCCCGUUCUUCAGUGCCUGCACCAUCUUCAAGGAAAUAAGACGAUUAUGCCUUUCACAGUGAAGUUUUUUUCUUCUUCAAAGUUCAAAGUUUAUACUUGAUGUUAAAAAUUGCAUACAUUUUCUGAGGGAUGUAUGAUAGCCACGAUUUGGGUGAUCAAAGAUAUUAUUGGAAAUCAUUCAAGUUUUUUUAUUUUGAGGAUAGAGGUUAAAUAUCUGUCUUUUUAAAUGUACAUGAUUUUGAUGAUUUAUAAUGGAAGCAAACCUGAAAUUUUCCCAGGAUUACUUCAUCGGUGAAGAGAAAGUCAAAUGAUUAACAUUAUACCUUCACAUUUUUCAUUACCGAAGUGCAGCUGUAGUGUAAAAAUUGUGUAAUGGUUUUUCAAGUUCAGUUUUGUGUGAAGUUCAAAUGUUAUUGGUGGGCAAGUUAACUUGAAACACUUAAAGGAAAGGUCCAGCGUAACCAGUUUGGGAAUCACUUUAUGUCGGUCCUUUCAAUUAUAUUUUAGCCAGUGAAUUUUUUUGCUGAUAAAAAGUUGCAUGCUUACAUUUUUACAUGACAACCUCCAAUAAAAGGAGAGGGCUCAGUUGUUUUUAUUGUCACCUUUUAUAACUUUCCAUCUCAUCAAUAUGGAUUUCCCAAAAUAAAACGGGUAGAAGUAGAAAGCAGAGUUUUCCAAAUAUUUGCUCUUAUCUUUGAAAAAAUGAAAUAGCAAGGAUGCCAAGUUUUGUAUGCCAAGUUUUAUAAGUUUAUAGAUUAUGCCAAAAUUACUUUUAAUGGUUCCAUACAAUAAUAUGCAAUCGUGAAUAAGCUUGACAUUUAUUUUUGAAAAUAACCUGUUGAACACCUGUUAAUUAUUUUCAUGUUUAUUCUCGUACUGUUCUUGAAGUACUCAGAGUUGUUCUGAAUAAACCACACAGAAGUGCCCAUUUUAGAAAGUUUGUUA